AGGCGCCGGCGUAGCGGACAGCGGCGGAGGGCAUGGCCACGUUGCGCAGACUGCGAGACACGCCGCGGCACUUACUGGUCUGCGAGAAAUCCAAUUUCGGCCACGAAAAGUCGCGCCACCGGCACGUCGUGGAGACGCACUAUUACAACUACAGGGUCUCGUUCCUCAUUCCGGAAUGUGCCCUACUGUCCCAAGAACUGAAAAGUCUGGUGACCGAGUUUGGACCCUAUUACCUUGUGAAGAACUUGCCUGUGCACGAACUAAUCAGCCCCGAGUUCAUCAACACCUUUGUGAAGACAGGCUCGUGCUACGCGCUCACGUACAACACAAACAUCGAUGAAGACAACGCUGUGGCCUUGCUCCCGGGUGGGAAAUUGAUUUUAUCCCUGGAUAAAGACACUUACGAAGAAACUGGACUCCAAGGUCGUCCCUCCAAGUAUUCCGGCAGAAAAACCAUGAGGUUUAUUGUUUCCAUUGAUUUGAUGGAUUUAUCCUUGAACCCGAUUUCUAAGAAGUAUGAAAGAAUAUCUUGGUCCUUCAAGGAAAAGAAACCCCUGAAAUUUGAUUUUCUUUUCGCCUGGCAUAAUACAGGUGCCGGAGAACUGGCGGUGACCUCGUACUUUGGCGCUUACCAGAUCCGGGAGCAUCAGCCGCAGGUGGCUGUGAGCAGCCUGAGAGAGCUGCCGUGCCCCGUGCUGCAGAGCAGGGAGCUGGGGGGCCAGCCGGACGCGUCCUGCGGGGCCCUGGAGCUCUUCGACUGGCUUGGUGCUGUCUGCUGUGAUGCCAGCCUAACUAACGAGCCCAGCGACUUCGUGUCCACCUGUUGCUGUCCUCAGCCCAGCACGGUGUUGGCCCGAGCCUGUCUUUGCACCAUCACCGGCUUCCUAAUUCCGGAGAAGGUCGGGCUCCUGCUGGAACGGCUACGGCACUACUUCGACGAGCCGAAGCUGGCCCCGUGGCUGACGCUCUCGGUUCAAGGCUUCGCAGACAGCCCUGUGUCGUGGCGAGAGAGGGAGCACGGCUUCCAGAAAGGGGGCGAGCAUCUGUACAGCUUUGUGGUUUUUAGUAACCAGGACUAUUGGCUUCAGAUGGCUGUGGGCGCCGAGGACGACUGUCCGCCCUGAAGCUGUGCAGCCGGUUCAGCUGCCACUCGCAGUGCCGGUGACCCACACGGGAGCCCCGGUUCGAGGCCUGGAUGCCAUGCUUCUGCUCCAGCGGCCUGCCCAGCAGGCAGCGAAGCUGGACGGGCUUCUUGGGUCCUGGCUGCGGCCUGGCCCAGCCUGGCACGGGUGACCGUUUGGGGAGUGAGCCAGCAGGUGGGUUGAUGUCUGUCUGUCUCUGCCAGUCGGCCUUUCAAGUACCUAAUAAAUUCCCUUUUUUAAAUACUGAAUAUGCCCUGUUUGUUUAUCUUGGUGCCUGUGGAGGGCUGUGUGUUCGCCCUGCCUUGCCCAUCGGCAGGGGGCUGGUCUGUGAUGGCGGC